ACUAAUACUCAAUCAUGGGAUCUUUCGCCAAUCUCCGAUUCCACCACUGUGGAGAAUUCCAUUUCACCGGCACGUACAGCGCAGGAAGUACAUCAUGGUAUGACGGCGUCUACUCCAAAAAAUGGAGAGCGGGGAGGAAGCACAAACGAACAAGGCAAAAGAAACCCACAUGGGAGUGUGAAGGAGAAGAAAAUACAUUAAAUCUACCAAUUUAUAACUUGUCAAUGAAAGUUCUCUCAGAGACUCAGAUGACUGUACUUGCAAAGGGACUUUCUUUCGAACAGCAUAGACUUGGACGAAUUUGUGGAUCUUGGGCACAAGAAUGUUUUUUUACUCCUAAAGAAGCAGAUUAUAUUAAGGAAGCUACUCGGCGAGAGAAAAGGCGUCUUCUAGAUGCUCAGCGAGGAAAGUGCAGAGUCCGUCUUGGCUCUCACCUUGAUGAAUGGUGUGCCCUAAAAGAUCGUUUGGGCUUUUCUCUGCACUCUCAACUUGCCAAAUUCUUAUUGGACAGUUAUAAGACAUCUACUAACCCUGGAACUCAAGUUCCAAAAGCAAUCACCCUGCUUUCUGUGUCUAUCCCAUCUCUUCAUCGCCUGGCUCUCUUAUGUCACCAACAUGGCAGAAACUGUAAUUCUCCCCCCACCAUCUUGGCACAGCCAUCUUCAACAGAAGCCUCUGAAACACCAGUUCUAUUAUGGGGUUGCAAUAAUCAUCAGUUUCAUUGGGAUCCACAUGAUUACAGCACAGGGCUUGGUGGUAAUAGUACAGAGAAAGAUAUCACCAACCUUUCAUCCAUGCAACAAAACAGGACAGGUGGGCAAGAGAAAGUCCUUAAGAUAACUGCAGAGUUAGAGAUAGAACCACACAGCACUUAUGUACAAGAAAAGUUAUCCGGGAAACAGUCCUCAAGUGAUACAAGUUCUAAAACAUGUCCAGACAAUUCUAACGUUCAUCCACAACAAUGUAAUGAUGGAGAUAGAAAAACUGAGUGCACUUCAGAAGAGGGAAGGCAUAUAACCCCUGAAAUAAAAGGACCAAUGAAAACCAAGGAAUCUAAAGAGCAGCAGGAAUUAACAGUAUCUGAUGAGGGUUUCUGCCAAAGCAUACAACUUGAAUUACCAGUCUUUGGAGACUCAGAUGUUACAGGACAUCAGUGUGUUCAGGUGUCUGAAGAUAUUCAUGAGAGCAUCUCCAGGGACAUAACCAAAAAGAAGCCUGCAACACCUAGUUUUGGUCGAGCAUGCCGACAUCAGAGAACUCCUAACCAGUUCUCACAGUCCUACCAGCAAGCCUUAAUGAGUGAAUCAAAGACAUCUUUGUCCUGCCCUUGCAGAAGGUCUCCUCGUGGUAACAAAGGUUGUCGCACAAAAGCAGUUGUGAAGGAACAAGUAUCUCAAUUUAAAGUUGAGCUUCCAAGCAGUGUGGCCAGAGAAAUCGGUGACGUGAAAGGCCAAGAUGUUAAUAUACUUUUUGGAUCAGCUCCAAAUACCAAUCUCUCAAAUAGGAUAAGUCAUGUUCAAGAGUCCUUACCAGAAGACGUUACCAGACAAAAAACUCCUUCAGAGAACUUUAAAGGUUUAGCUGCUGUUGAAGAACAUCAGGAGUCACCUCCAGCAGAGUCACAGAAUGAUAAUGUACUAAUGUCAAGAGCAAGUGGGGAGGAGGAACAGAAGACUCAAAUGGAACCACAUAAAAAUGAGGGACAGGAGCCACAGAGUAGCCAGAGCAGAGGCCUAAAGACAAGCUGUCGCAAAUCUCUUAUAGAUGAGGAACUGGCACAAAUAUGCAAGAAGAGAAUCAGGAAAGCUGCCAAACCGCAGGAGCUGCUAAUGUGUGAAUAUGAUAACUGCGGGAAAAUCUUUUCAAAGCGACAGUACCUAAAUUAUCAUCAAAAAUACCAGCACAUGAACCAGCGCACUUUCUGCUGCUCAGUGACUGAGUGUGGGAAGACAUUCAACUUUAAAAAGCAUCUUAAAGAACAUGAGAAAAGACAUAGUGACCAGAGGGACUUUAUAUGUGAAUUCUGUGCACGUGCAUUCCGAAGCAGUAGUAACCUCAUCAUACACCGACGCAUUCAUACGGGGGAGAAGCCACUUCAGUGUGAGUUCUGCGGCUUUACUUGUAGGCAGAAGGCUUCCCUGAACUGGCACAUGAAGAAACAUGAUGCUGAUUCAUUCUAUAACUUCCCCUGUGAUAUUUGUGGUCAGAGGUUUGAGAAGAGGGAUAACCUUGCUGCUCAUAAAAGUCGUAAGCACCCAGCCCCCCGGGAGACAGGACCUCAAGACAUCUCUCAGCGUAUCACCUCCCCCAUGGAUAAUGCAUGCCAAGCUGAAGCCAGCUGUAAAAAUGAUCACACAGAAAGACUGACAAAAGACUUUAACCAGAAGAUGGCACCAACAUCUCCAGGGAGUGCAAAAGAGACUCUCUUUCCAGAAUAUCUGGAUUUACCCCAGAGUGUGCAGGAAGUGCCCCAGACUCCAGAAGUAUCACUAGUGAUUGUCGUGUAGUAUCAAACCAACACUAAUAUUGAGCAUGUUAAUAUGGAAGGAGAGCUAAUCCUGAUAGCCAGUAAUGGGUUACAGUGAUCUUUCACUGAAGGACAACAUGUAUACACUGAUGAGGACUAGGUAUAAUGGGUAAGGAUAAAAUCAAAUAAACUAUUUCUGUUUUUAUUCACACAGUCACUCUUCAGUAUGUAUUUAAAUAUGUAUACAUAUAAGUUAAAAGAGUACUGUACCAAAAACAUACGCAUACAUGUUCAUCAGGAUAGAUGCAGGUGGGUUUGUUAGCUAAAACACAGAAAGGCAGUAAUGUUGCCAUCUACCCAGCUUAACCCCUUAAGGGGGUAUUCUGGCCAUAGACAUCUUAUCCCACGGGGGGCCCGAUGUCUAAGAUACGCAAUUUUAGACUUUGGUAUUCUUUUAUGUAUACGCCAUUGACCGCACGGUUUAAUUAACAUAAUGUUUUUAUCGUUCAGACAUUUAUGCACGCAGCAAUACAACAUAUGUUUAUUUUUAUUAUGUUUACAUAUUUUUUAUAUGGGAUUUGGGAAAA